UUUCUUUGAAAGUUAAUUCAAUUUCCUGGAAUAAUGCAAUAAUUACACCAUUGAAACAUCUGGACAUAUUUUAAAAACGACAAUUAACGUUUACUGAAGCAUCUUCGUUAGCAAUAAAUGGUUACGAAGAGAACAAAGAAAAAACACAAUUUGACAGUUGCUGCAGUCGCAAGCGCGGUAAAUUAAAUAUUUGUUUUGAACAUUCUAACACCCUUGUUGUAAAAAAAUGAAUUAUUAUGGCAAAAGUAAAUCAGAAUCAGCUUUAAAAAUAAACGAAAAUAAAUAUCCAAAAUGCCUUAAAAAAGAGUCGACAUUCACCAUUGCCAAUGAAUUGUGUCGCAAACGAGCCAACAACGGCAGCGAUUACUCAAAUAAGGAUGGCUUUAAUUCUCCAUCCGUCGUUAAAAAGACGCCUUCGGCCAAUGCAUGCUACACACCCUCGUCUUUAUAUAGAAACGUCAAUACAAAAUAUAAAUGUCAACGUGCAUUAAAUCUUGAAGAUACCCCGCUGUCUAAGAAUUCAAAAGUUGAUCAGUCCAAUCUUGACGAUGAUCGUCUGACGGUGGCUGUUAGGGUAAGGCCCUUGAAUACAAAGGAGUGCCAACAGGCCAGAGUGAAAAAUGUAACAAAGGUUAAUGGAAAUGAAUUGACCAUUUUAAUGGGCACCAGUGCUGAUGCAUCAUGCGCCGUAAACCACACUUUCGAGUAUGAUCAAGUUUUCUACAGUUGUGAUCCAGAGGCUAAAAAUUUUGCUACACAGGAGGAUGUGUAUAAAGGAACAGCCAAGCCUUUAAUUCAGAGAGCAUUUGAAGGCUACAAUGCAUGUUUGUUUGCCUAUGGACAAACGGGAUCUGGAAAAUCGUACAGCAUGAUGGGCGUGGAAACAUUUUUGGAUCCUUCCUCCGAAAAUGGUCUACAUGCUGAGGCAGGCAUAAUUCCCAGAUAUUGUUAUGACCUAUUUAGGCACAGAGACAGGAACAAAGGAAGGUAUCAGGUGGAAAUCGAAGUUAGCUUUUUUGAAAUUUACAAUGAAAAAAUUCACGAUUUGCUGUUUGUUGAUCAAAGCGAAUAUAACUCCAAUAAUGGAAUGAAGCAACAGCCAGCAAGUAGGGGGGAACGAAAAGCUUUAAAGGUACGAGAGCAUCCCAUGUGGGGACCUUAUGUGGUAGAUCUCAGUGUGCACCCUGUAGACUCAUAUGAAGCCUUGAGAAACUGGCUGAUUCUAGGCAAUUCCCAAAGAGCUAGUGCCGCCACAGGAUUGAAUGACAAAAGUUCUCGCUCCCAUUCUAUUUUUAAUAUAAUGGUCAGCGUGUCUGAUGUGGAAUCAAACUAUUCCAAAGAUGGCCAGAGCUAUCACUCUAGGAAGAGUAAAAUCAGUUUGGUCGAUUUGGCGGGCAGUGAACGCACCACCAACUGCAGUGGAGAGAGAAAAAAAGAGGGAGUAAUGAUAAACAAAAGCCUUCUAACACUGGGAAAGGUCAUUUCGGCCUUGUCUAAUGAAAAAACCAGCAGUGGAGGUGGGAAAACAUUUGUGCCAUAUCGCGAAAGUGCUUUGACAUGGCUGCUGCGAGAAAAUCUAGGAGGGAAUUCCAAAACUGUUAUGUUGGCCACAAUUUCUCCCGCCAGUAACCACAUUGAUGACACCCUGGCCACACUGCGCUAUGCCUGCCAAGCUAGUCGCAUUGUGAAUAGGGUUAAGGUUAAUGAAUCGCAACAUGAUAAAACCAUACGAGAACUGCGAGCUGAGGUCGAACGCUUAAAAUCCCUACACUACGAAUAUGAGCGUAAGAAGAGACUUUCGGAGAAUAUGAACUCAGUGCCCAAGGCGAUAAUAGAAAAAUUUGCUGUUAAUGAGGCCGAAAUGGCAAAUUUAAAGGAACAAUUGUCGGAGCGAGAAAAGGAGCUGCAGCAAGCCCAAAAGUCUUGGAUGGAUCGCUUGAGAGAAGCCGAGGAUUUAAGGAAAACCGAGCUGCUGCAUUUGAGUCGCAAAGGCUUAACUUUGCAGUUGUUUAGAGAUCAAAAACAGGCAUGUCUUGUCAACUUAACGGAGGAUCCCAUGCUAAGUGAAACACUUUUCUAUUUAUUGCCUCCAGGCUGUGUUACCAUAGGCCGCAAAAGAUCCACCAACAAUGGCAUUCAACCCGAUAUCAUACUCGAUGGUCCUCUUAUUGCCCACAACCAUUGUACCAUAGAAAAUAUUAAUGGGGUUCUUUACGUUACGCCGGAGAGUAAGGAUUUCGAAACCUAUCGCAAUGGGGAACUUGUGUCAAAGCGUACUCAAAUUAACCAUGGCGAUCGCUUGGUGUUUGGUGGCUCUCACUUCUACAGGGUUUGCAAUCCCCAAAAUACCGACAAAGGUUGCAACGAAUUAUUUGACUUCCGCUAUGCCUGCCAUGAGAUGCUUGAAAAACGUGAAGAAAAAAUACGCCUGGAAUUGGAAAAUGAAAAACGUUUGGCUUUGAGCAAAAUUGAAGCUGAUCGUUACGAAUAUGAACGCAGCAUAAAAGAGUGCCGGGAGCAAAUUGAUUUGAAAAAGCUAGUUCUAAAAUGCGAUGAGGAAAUUCUGGAUUCAGAGCGUAAAAUUAAUGCCGAAAAAGCCAAAAAAUUAUCCUUUGCCGAUAUCACUCCCUUGAAGGCCACUAGCAAUAUGGAUAAUUCAAAUCUGCUGAAUGAAAUCAAUAGCAUCAUGAAAACUCCCAGCAAAGUCAGCCGCCAUAAAAUACAAAAAAUGGUACAUGAGGCCAACGAACAUUGUAUGACACACAAUCUGCAAUUGGAGUUUAGGCUAUGCUAUAAAACCGACGAAUUUGGCGUCAUGUAUUUGCAAAUUGUCAUCUCGGACAUGGAGAGAAAUCUGGAAGCUGAAUGGCCAAUUGCUAGGCUGCAACUGUGGCUUAAUACCAUGAGGGAACAAAAUAUAGAAAAUCCAAGGGAUAUUUUUAAGUUCAUAGACAUUGAAUGGAAGGCUGUCGAUGCUGAGCAUAAGUCAAGCGAAAAAUUUAUAAAUGACACACCUGAAAAGAUAACUUUGAGAAAAUCCAAUCGUAGCCUAAGCGGAGAUAAUAAAAAUGUGGAUAGUCCUGAGAAGUUUACUUUAAGAAAAUCCAAUCGAAGAUUCACGGGAGAAAACAAAACACGCAAUGAAAUCACCAGUCCUGCAUAUGAAGGCAAAAACUUCGAAACUGUGGCCAUGAGCUAUUUACAUGAGAUUGAAAAUUCAGCGGAAAGACUCAGAGAGCUUUGUACCAGCCAUCAGAAUCGAUUGAAUUCUAAAAAUUACGAAGCCUCGGCUGAGGUAAGAGAAUCCCUGCGGCGUGUAACCAGUUCUAUGAAAUGUAUUUUCACGUUUUUGGGAAAAGAUUGCCCUUAGAAAUAAAGCAUUUUCGUUGGCGUUGUAUAUAUAUUUUUUCUUAAUUAUUUUCGUAAUCACAUAUGUUGUUGUCUAGUUUCAGACGUUAUAUACUAUUUUUUAAUUUUUUUUUUACAAUUCAAGACAAUUAUGCGCUUAUAAACUA